GUCUCGCCUGAUUGUAAAAAGUCUUCCAGCAAAUUUAACUGAUCAAAAAUUUCGCGCUCAUUUUUCUACAAAAGGACAAGUUACGGAUGCAAAGAUUAUACGAACUGCAGAUGGGAAAUCUCGAUGUUUCGGAUUUAUUGGAUAUCGUACAGAAAAAGAAGCAAAUGACGCUUUAAAUUAUUUUAAUAAAACUUUUAUUUUUACUUCUAAAAUUACUGUUGAACAUGCCAAACCUGUAUGUUUAAAAUGUCCAAUCAAAUCCUUUAAUCGUUUAUUUUUAUUCAGAGUGAUGCAAUCGCCGAGUCAAUAG